GUAGUUCCAGCUACUCGGGAGGCUGAGGCAGGAGAAUCGCUUGAACCCAGGAAGUGGAGGUUGCAGUGAGCCGAGAUCGCGCCACUGCACCCCAGCCUGGGCGACAGAGCAAGACUCAGUCUCAAAAAAAAAAAAAAAAAAAAAAGAUCAGGUUUUGAUAGGCACUGUUUCUAGAAUCAAAUAAACGGGUCUGGAAUGAACUCAGAGCUAACACUAGUAUCUUCAGGUAGAACCUGACCCUGAUUUGGGACAGAUACAGUAGCCUGUGGUAACCCCCUGCCCUCCUCCCCGACAUUUUCCCGUAAACUCUGCCCCCAAGAUGUGCCUGGGGAACUGGUGGGGAGGGAGCCCUGCCCAUUCCAGGAACUGCGGGAAUUGGCGGGUGGCACAUCCAGCAACUAGGAAGAGAUGAAGCCGGCCAGGCCGUCCUUGGGUAUGAGUGUGGAUUUUCGCCCCAGGGAUAGGAGGCCACUGAAGGGCCACAGCAGGGGAUGGGAGAGUCCGCUCCUCCCCUGUGUGCCUCACUGACACUGCCGCUCUGCCUUCCCCUGGCUCACUCAUCUCCUGCAACAAGGCUCCCAACCUGCCCCUCACCACCUCCCAAGCACCUCUGCUCUCUCAAGGACCUGCACUUGUUUCAAGCCAGCCGUCCUCUCACUGGGCCUGUCUUCUCUGCACCAAGUAGGUCCUCAUCGUCACAUAAUCAAAUGAGCAAAUGGAUGGCCCAACAGUCGACAGGAGAGCUCAUGAGCCCCACAGGUCGCCUCUGGUCUGCUGAAGGUUAUGGUGUCUACGUAUACCCAAAUUCCUUCUUUCGAUAUGAAGGAGAAUGGAAAGGAGGGAGGAAGCACGGUCACGGGAAGUUGUUAUUUAAAGAUGGCAGUUAUUACGAAGGGGCGUUUGUGGACGGAGAGAUCAUGGGAGAAGGCCGCCGGCACUGGGCCUGGUCAGGAGACACCUUUUCUGGACAGUUUGUUCUGGGAGAGCCUCAAGGAUACGGCGUCAUGGAGUACAAAGCUGGCGGAUGUUACGAAGGGGAGGUCUCCCACGGCAUGCGGGAAGGACACGGGUUUCUGGUGGACCAGGAUGGACAAGUGUACCAGGGCUCCUUCCACGACAACAAGAGGCACGGCCAUGGGCAGAUGCUCUUUAAGAACGGUGACAAGUACGACGGCGACUGGGUCCGGGACCAGCGUCAGGGACAUGGGGUGCUGCGCUGCGCUGACGGCUCCACCUACGAGGGACAGUGGCACAGCGACAUCUUCAGUGGACUGGGCAGCAUGGCCCACUGCUCAGGGGUCACCUAUUACGGGUUGUGGAUCAACGGCCACCCAGCAGAACAAGCUACAAGGAUCAUGAUCUUGGGUCCAGAGGUGAUGGAAGUGGCCCAAGGAUCUCCCUUCUCGGUGAACGUUCAGCUGCUGCAGGACCACGGGGAAAUUGCCAAGAGCGAGAGCGGCCGGGUCCUGCAGAUCUCAGCGGGCGUCAGAUACGUGCAGCUGUCAGCCUACUCUGAGGUCAGCUUUUUCAAAGUGGACAGAGACAACCAAGAGACACUCAUCCAGACCCCAUUUGGGUUCGAAUGCAUCCCUUAUCCUGUGUCCAGCCCUGCAGCUGGGGUGCCAGGGCCCAGAGCUGCCAAGGGAGGUGCAGAAGCCGACAUGCCCCUGCCCAGGGGAGACCUGGAGCUGCAUUUGGGUGCCCUCCGUGGCCAGGAGGACACCCCUGGUGGCCUGCUUGGUUGCUUCAUGUUUCUUCAUGGAGAUGAGGCCCAGGUGCUCUGGCAGAACCCCCCAGCCCCCAGCUCUGCCCCGCAAGGCUGGGGCCAGUGAGAACUGCACUUCCAUAGAAUGUGCGGCCUAGACUUCACAGGGAUCAUUCCAGAGUUAUGGAGUUGAAACAAAGCUUAAUCCCUCCGGUGCAGCGAGCAGUGCACGUCAAACCCUCCCAUGCAGCGCGGUGUGCGUGUCAAACCCUCCUGUGCAGCGAGCAGUGUGCGUGUCAAACCCUCCCGUGCAGUGAGCAGUGUGCGCGUCAAACCCUCCUGUGCAGCAUGGUGUGUGCGUCAAACCGUCCCGUGCAGCGAGCGGUAUGCGAUUCAAACCCUCCCAUGCAGCACACUGUGUGUCUCAGUGCCGGAGUGAGGGAACAACAGUCUUGACGGCGUUGGGAGGCCCUGGGGUGCUGCCGGCCACUGGGUCCUUCUUGCCACAGCCCUGCACCCCAAGGCUCAGUAAACGGGGGUCGGGCGUGGGGGUCCCCACUGGACAAAUGCCUGGCACUUUGAGUCUGAGGGCCUUUGAAGAGGGCCUAGCUGACAGCUGAGGUUCCCGGCCCCCAAAGCUGGGAUCUGAGCCUGAGGUGCUGCUUGGGGAGGACACAGGCCGCAGGUUCCCAGGUCGAGGAGCACAGGGCAGAUCUGAGAGGCUGUGGUGAGCCCAGAUCCACAACUUAGCAGGGGUGGGCUGUACGCCGCCACCUUCCACAUGCAGAUAAAUGUCCCAGGUUUGAUGAGACGCCCCUGGUCAUCCCCAAAUGCGCCUCAUAUGCCAGCCCUUGUCACCUGCCUUGGCCGAUGCGAGCUCAAUCCCUGCCAUGUCCCUGCCCGGCCCUUCCCACCACAUGCAGCCCCAAAUCCCCUGGAGGCCUCUCCCCAGGAUUUGCGCAGAUGGCACCACCAGGCGGCCGUCGCCCCACCUCCCCAAGUGCCAAGGCCUCUCUACUCUAGACCUGAGCCCCACCUGCCGCCCCUGAGUCCUCAUAGUACCCCGACCCGGAUGCCGCACUGGGGUGACCCCCCAACUCCAACCCUCUAGGCCCCUGGGGCGAGCAGGCAGGGCCAGCCCCUCCCAAGCCAGAGUCCGGUGAGCCUUGGCCUGGACCCCCCUUUCCUGUCCCUUAAGCCCGCCUAGUAGGCCCCAAAGCCUCACUCACAUCUUCCUGCCCAGGGUGUGCCUGUCCCAAGGGUGCCCCAGACCCCAGCCCAGCCAGCCUUGUGAGCUCAGCUCAGCUCUGGGCUCUCCUGCAAUGAGACAGGGCUGAGGGGCGUGGUUGGGCUGAGGGGCGUGGUUGGGAGGCUGUGCCUGGGCCCUUUCUCCCAGGCACUGUGUGGCCUGUGACCCUCCUGGUCACUGUCUGCAGCAGCCCCUCUCAGCGGCCAGCACUCCUGGCCAGUCACUAGGCCCUGAGUUCUCCCUGAGGUUCCAUGACUCACACGGCUGAAGCGGGAGGAAGUGGCAGCAGAAUGGCCCUCGCCACCCUGGGAAAAGCCUCAGCCACCAGGGCCGCCUCCAUGCCCGUGCCCCUGGGAAGAGCCUCCGCCACCAGGGCCACCUCCAUGCCUGUGCCCCUGGGAAGAGCCUCGGCCACCAGGGCCGCCUCCAUGCCUGUGCCCCUGGGAAGAGCCUCCGCCACCAGGGCCACCUCCAUGCCUGUGCCCUGGGAAGAGCCUCGGCCACCUUCCAUGCCUGUGCUGCUGGGAAAAGCCUCCGCCACCAGGGCCGCCUCUAUGCCCGUGCCCCUGGGAAGAGCCUCAGCCACCAGGGCCGCCUCCAUGCCUGUGCCCCUGCCCCCAGAAACCUCACCUGGCUGGUGGCCAGAAGCCCCGGAGCCUCAGAGCCUCAGGGGCCUGUGC